CGAGGCUGUCAUUGAGAACAGACACCAUUAGCGAAUGCUCAUUCACUAAACAGGUUCUGCUUCUCUAAGAGCGAGAAGGCAUUGCUGCCAUUCUGCGCUCUAGCCAUCUUCAAGAUCUCCAUGUUCCGCCAUUGGAGCAUGCGAUGGAUGUGAUGCAGAGUCGAGAGAGGUGAGGAUUGCGCUUACCAGCUUACGGUGUGGUUGUUGGCGGGCGACGAAAUUGGUGUUGUCGAAGAGGGAGGUGGGUGUCGCGCCUCCGAAAGUUCAGCGUGUGGGCUCGCUUAGCGACACGGGUCGGCAAAACUAUGCGCCGAUACUGUCCAAUCAGCGCACCACCUAACCACCAUCCACAUUGAUAGCUGCCAGGGCCGCGAUGACGGACACGCGCAGUCUCCUGCAUCGAAAGCUCGCAGGGCGUUUGGUUCUCAUCUUCCUUGCCUGGAAGGCUCUUUUUUUCCUCCUAGCGGUCCUCUCUCCUGGACCAGGGUACGACACUUCAGCACUCAUCCUCUUAAACCCCAGCCGGCAUCGACACAGGCAGUUUAGGAAUUGGACUAUCUUGGAUCGGUUUACGCUCAACCAUCUCAGAUGGGAUGCGCUGUACUUUGUAAAGACGGCCCAAAGAGGGUACGUCCACGAGCAAGAGUGGGCGUUUAGCUGGGCGUAUUCCAUGGUCUUGGAGACCACGGGCAAAUUCUUAUCCCGAAACGCGAAACCCUCAUUGCAACAUUACGUCUGGGCGGGAAUUGUCGUGUCGAAUCUAUGCCAUCUUUCCUCUGUCCUAGUCUUGUUCAGGCUCCUAAACGUCGUCUUAGGCCCCGAGCAAAAUGUUCGAAUCCCUUUUAUUGCUUCAGUGCUACACAUCCUCAGCCCCGCCGGCAUGUUUCUCAGUGCGCCCUACUCUGAGGCGUUCUUUGCAGCGCUUAAUUUCACCGGGAUGCUCCACUACGUCCAGGCCAAGAGAGCUCAGGAAUCCAGCAAGAACCAGGCUGUGCGCGCAGAUGCACUACUUCUGAGUUCUGGAGUAGUGUUUGCUGGAGCAACUUUAGUGAGAAGCAAUGGCUUGCUAAGCGGCUUGAUCUUCGCCUACGAUGUGGCGAGGUAUCUACCGAGAGCCUGCAGGUUUCAGCUGAAUCGGAUCGACAUCAGACGAAUCGCCGUCACGUGUGUUGCCGGUUCUCUCGUCGCAGUCGGAUACUUCCUCCCCCAGUACGUGGCGUACCGGGAAUACUGCGUCACUAAGCGUAUCUCUGCCACAAGACCAUGGUGCCAGAACAAGCUACCGAGCAUCUACUCUUGGGUGCAAGUUCAAUACUGGAAUGUGGGAUUCCUCCGUUACUGGAAUUUGUCAAACCUACCUCUGUUCUUGAUUGCAGCUCCGAUGCUGUGGCUACUGUUUAAGUCCGGUGUAGCAUACCUGCGUCACGGUCCUCUUCAGCCUUCGACGAGUGCUCAUAUACCGCCGCCAAGUGGAAAUGAAAGUCCCAACACUUUCAACUCGGUGUCUUGUGGCCUGCCGCAGUUGGCGUUACCUCAACUUGUACUCGUCAUCAUGGCAGCUACCACCUUCCAUGUCCAAAUCAUCAACCGCAUUUCUUCCGGUUAUCCGGUCUGGUAUUUGGCGCUCGCACAGCGGAUGGCACAGGGGCGAAUGGCUCAAGUUGAAGGCAAGACAAAACGGGUGCCUCAAUGGUUGGUCCGCGGAUUCAUAAUGUACGCCAUCAUGCAGGGCACGCUUUUCGCCAGCUUCCUCCCUCCCGCCUAGCUCCCAUGAUUGCUCUCUAUUCCCUUCGUCUCCUCGUGCACCCGGCCGCGGCUUACCGCCGUAACGCCAUUGCGUCCUGUGGGCAGGCCCCUCACGAAACUCACGGACUUUGCUUAGCAGUCAUGCUUCCUGGUCCGUAGCAAACCUUGCGC